CUCAGCCUUCCUCCAUCCAGCCAAAUUCUGAUGGGACCCUCAAAUAGCUCUGGCAAAGUGUUCUGUUUCUUUUGGAUUUGAGGAAUGCUAGUUUCUGUGAAGACAAGUAAUUAUUUCUUCCUUUAUUUUGCUGCACAAGUUACCAAGAGAAGCAGCUUAAAACCAAAUAUCACAUGGAGAACCCUGCCAGAAUGACCAGCAGUCACACAGACUGUCAUUACUGCCUGCAGUCCCUUCGGGGAAGGAAAUAUGCAUUAAGAGAAGAAAAUGCUUAUUGUGUUGCAUGCUAUGACAGCCUGUUUGCCAACCCCUGUGAAGAAUGCAAGCAACCUAUCGAGUGUGAUUCCAAGGAUCUGGCCUACAAAGGCUGCCACUGGCAUGAGGGGUGCUUCAAGUGUGCCAAAUGCAGUCGCUCCCUGGUGGAGAAACCGUUUGCUGCCAAGGACGAGCUCUUGCUGUGUACUGAGUGCUACUCUGAUGAGUAUUCAUCUAAGUGUUUUCACUGCCAGAAGACCAUUAUGCCUGGUUCCCGUAAAAUGGAAUUUAAGGGAAAUUCCUGGCACGAAUCUUGUUUUGUUUGCCAGUAUUGUCGGCGGCCUUUGGGAACACAACCACUGAUCACCAAAGAUAAGGAGAACUACUGUGUACCCUGUUAUGAGAAGCACUUUGCCCACCAUUGCUACUCUUGCAAAAAGGUAAUCACUUCUGGGGGAGUGAGCUACCAUGACCAGCCUUGGCAUAAAGAAUGCUUUGUGUGUGCUGGGUGUAAAACCCUGCUGACUGGACAAAGGUUUAUUUCCAAAGAUGAGUACCUGUACUGUGUAGACUGUUUCAGCAAAUCAUAUGCUAAGAGAUGUGCUGCUUGCAAGAAACCUAUUACAGCUCUUGGAGGUGCCAAAUUUAUCUCAUUUGAAGAGCGCCAGUGGCAUGGGGAAUGCUUUAACUGCAUGAAAUGUUCUGCCUCGUUGGUGGGCCAGGGAUUCCUCACUGAGCAGGAUGGUGUCCUUUGUCAGGAAUGCGGCUCUGCUUCCUAGCUCUGUGUAGAGCUCUACAGCUGCAUUACUCUCCCUCUGUAAUGAUCUACUUCAUUAAGCUUCAGUAAGAAAUAUCAUAUAAAAUUUAUAACAUUUAUUUAGUCAUUCAAGCAACUUUCCAAAAGCACUCUCAUUUUAUAAUAGUUCUUAACUGCUUAUAAAAAAAUAAUAAUAAUUAAAAAAAAAAUUAAACAGCCCCAUACUGGUUAAGAAAAUAAUGCAGAAAAUAUUGCUAUUAAAUAUUCAGUCUAACUACAGUAUGUUUCAUCUGGUAACACACUGCACUCUGCUGUUAGAAGCUUAAAAAUUUACAUUUCAUCUCCCAUGAAGCUAGGAGGAUUGUGAAAUAUCUGUGUGGCAUAUGAUUAAUGUUGAAGCACUAGCACUGCUUCACAGGGACAGACCUUGCUGUGGAAAGCUGUACAUGUGCAUUUUUCUAUUGGAUCAUAACAUUAAUGAAAACUUGUAAAUAUCAACUUCCUCCAUACUCCAGGCAAAAAAGCUAUUGACAAAACAGGCAGAAAGUGGGAGGAGGGGGUACUUUUUCAUAGAGGGCCACCAAAUAAAAGAGGCCCAUUCCAGGACAAGAUAAAGGGAAAAUAAGGUCAUUUUCCUCUCCUUACUGAGAUUGCUCCUUGGAAACACAGUCUUCAGUCAUCCAAAAAACUGAGCAAUAGGUCUUUUCCCGUAAUUGGUUAACUGUACUUCAUUUUUCAGGCAUAACUGCUUUACAACAUAAAUAAAUAAUUAUUUAAAUAAUAAACAUAAAUAAUAAAUAUUUGAGCUGCUAUAAGAGGUGAUUAUUGCCUGAUUGGACAGUGCUGAUGUACACUUCCCUAUAGCUAGCAUGCCUUAAGAUUCACUAGACCUUCAAAUACACUUGUAAAAUAUAUAUGUUUUUAUUAAUAGACACAAGAGCCUACUCAUACUUUUUCUCUAAACCUUGCAUUUCUCCUCCCCUCAAAGUCUAUUUGCCAGCAAUCAAAGCACUGUUAAUGGCCUUACCAUUUCCACCCUACUGGGUCUUUGACUCACAGUCUACCCCUCUUCUUGUAAAUGCCUGCUUGUCUACAGCAGGCUAAAAGCUCUUCAGAACCUAGACCCAAUUCAUUUUUGCCACGUCACAUGCAUUUGCCAAUAUUAUAUCAGAAAUUUGCAGUGUUGUCAUUGCAAGCUAGGCAGUCCUUGCUUGUAGUAGAAGGUAUUAGUUUCUAGGUACCUGGCUUUGAGAAGGCUAUACCUGCUUGUUGAGCUUCAGCACUCAAGUGUCACUUAUUAAAGGUCAUCUAGAGCUGAGUUAGAAGCACUUCUCUUCUUCCUUCUUCCAUAGGGUAUGUUACAGUGGCCUGAUUCAAGUAACAGUGUCUGUACCAGCUGGUUGGGAACUCCAGUCCUCAUCUCACACAUAUUUAAUCAUAGAAUCCUAGAAUGGUUUGGGUUGGAAGAGACAUAGAAGAUCAUCUAGUUCCAACCCCCCUGCCAGGGCAAGAACACCUUGCACUAGACCAGGCUGCACAAAGCCCUGUCCAACCUGCCUUUGAGCACCUCCAGAGAGGGGGCAUCCACAGCUUCCCUUGGCAACCUGUUCCAGUGCUUCACCACCCUCACAGUAAAGAAUUUAAGCCAUAGAUUCUCCUUUAGGCUCUGACCUUAAGUGCAGAGAGUUAUUUGGCUGACUUGAGUGGGCUUUAUUCGUACUGAAGACAAUCACUACUUUCGGUAAAAAAAAAUUUUAAAAAAAUAAAAAAAAUAGAAUAUGUGUGCGUAGCUAAACCAGAGGUGAACUGCAGUGGCAUAAAAUCAGUGUGGGUAAUGACUGACCAACAAGUACAUAGCAGCCUGUUUUCCAGUCAAUAAAAUAUUGAUCUUUCGCCCUACAUGGUGUUCGUUUUGCGUUUUCAGCUUCUUCUCUCAUGGCAGCUUUUAUUGCAGCCUAGAGUUUGAUUAGUUUAUGCUUUUUCAUUUCAUCCCAGCUGCUUCCUUUUCUGUUUUCACAUUUCACAUGACUGAUACAGAUUCUUGGUAAGACUUGGAUUCCCAUAAAUAGAAAUAUGUUUCAUUGCCUUAAAUAAAUAUAUAUAUACACACACACCCAUAUAAUGGUUCACUGUUAUGUAUGAUGUUCUAAAAAUGUGCACUGAGUUAUCAGAAAUUAUCCCAUCAGCAAAUGUUAAUUGUUUUAAUUUUUUUAAAUUAAAAUGAUGAAUCACCAGA